UUUCAUCUUUUUGUCUUUGCUUCAACACUCACCAUUGACACCGCUGACAGCCGAAUAGCUCUCCCUUCUUGCUUGCAGAAACAAUGGCCCCCAAAACCAAAUCCCGCUUAGUAGACCAGCCUCCUUCUGCAUCGUCCUCUGAAGAACAAGAAGAGGUGGAGGAAUCCCAGGAAGAAGAAGAACAGCAUUCGGGGGAAGAAACUGAAGAGGAUGAAGAACCUACGAUAGUCCCUCCAGUUGUGAAGAGACCCAUCACUAAGAAACCAGUCCAAACCUCUCAGAAACCCCAAUUUUCUUCUGAGUCUGGCAGCGAGAAUGGGUCAGGUUCUGAAUUGGAAGCGAAAUCGGGUCAUUCCCCGCCUUCCCCUUCUGUAUCAAAUUUCACCAUUAAGCCGAUUGUUUCUGCCAAAGCUUCUUCCCCAUCGAAACCAGCAGGAAAGAGGCCGCAAGAGGCCCAGAAAGAAAAAGGGAGGAAGAAGCCCAAGACUGCAGAAGAAGAGGAUAAAAAAUCAGCUGCUACUCCUCGCAGUCUAUGGAACGAUGACGACCAGCUUGCUCUGCUCAAAGGUGUUGCUGAAUACAAGACGGUAAAAGGUAUGGAACCUAAUGCGGAUAUGUCAGCUUUUCAUGAAUUCAUUAGAGGGAAGUUGCUGGUUGAGGUUUCAAAGAGUCAACUCAGUGAAAAGCUAAAGAGGUUAAAGAAGAAAUUUUUGACUAAUGCGAAAGGUGGUGAGGAACCAGUUUUCAUGAAGGGUCAGGAUUUUUUAGUUUUUGAGCAUUCAAAGAGAAUUUGGGGUGCCCCUGAAACUAGUGAUGGAGUUAAGGAAAUUGUUACCAAUAGCACUAAUGGCAAAGCUAAAAAGACUGUUGAGGCUAAGAAGAGUUCUGAACUUAAGAGAAGUGCUAAAGUUAGCAAACCCAAGGAUGCUGAGAAACAUACGGAAGAAGAGAAUCAGGUUGCUGUAAAAGAGGUGGUUAAGGAGGAUAUAGUUAAGGGUGAUCCACAAGAUUUCCAGUCCGAAUAUCCACGUUUGGCUGCAUCAUUUGAAAGUAUGUCUGGCAUGUUUACAAUGUACCCGAAUGGAACAAGUUUUUUGAAGGAGAAGAUGAGUUUGAUUGCUCCUGACAAGGCUAAACUGCUGGAGGAGAAGUGGAAGAAACUGGAGGAUGAUGAAGCUGCCUUGAUGGUGAAGCGCUUAGAUUUGAUUGCGGAGCAUUACGGAUUGGUGGUUGAUGCAAUGAGAGGUAACUAGAUGCUGAUGGAUCAUGUUUCUAUUCGAUGCUACAAGUUCUGAUACUGUUUUGGUGGAGUUUUGGAUUUUGUUUCAUAUAAUCUUGUUUCUCAAGACAAUUUCUUCUCGCGUUGAUGUACUUAUGUUUAGUCCGCGAGGUAGAUUUAGUUUUUCAGGUUGAUUCAUACAUUUUAUUGCUUAUUCAGUUUUACUAGUGAACUGGUUUGGAUGAUAUCCGUGUGUUGCUUCUUAUAUAUGUUAGUGUGGUAUGGAGUGAUUGGCUCUAUUAAGGGGUUGCAAUGAAAUGCCUACACAUGCAUAUCAUAUAAUGCCAUGUAUGGGUGGAAGCAAGCUUAGGAACUGCUGAAGCGGAAUGUCUGGAGACAUUCUGGUUCAUCCUUUGUAAUAUGUCAUUUCCUAUUCCAGAUGAAAAUAUAUUUAAAUGCGAUCUUUCUCA